CUCGCACUUAGGCUGAGUUUAGCCGGCGGGAGCCCGGAGUCCGCUCGGCGCGAGCGCGGGGACGCGGGAGCCGCGCGGGACCUCAGCAGUGUUUCCCAGCAGCCGCCAGGCUCAGCCCCGCUCCCGGCCCCGCCGCGCAUCAGAGACCUGCUAUGGCCACGUCUAUACUCGGGGAAGAGCCGCGCUUCGGAACGACCCCGUUGGCCAUGCUGGCAGCGACCUGCAACAAGAUCGGCAACACGAGCCCGCUGACGACGCUGCCGGAGUCGAGCGCCUUCGCCAAGGGCGGCUUCCAUCCCUGGAAGCGCUCCUCGUCCAGCUGCAACCUCGGCUCCAGCCUCUCGGGCUUCGCGGUGGCCACAGGCGGCCGCGGCUCCGGCGGCCUGGCGGGGGGCUCGGGAGCAGCCAACAGCGCCUUCUGCCUGGCAUCCACGUCGCCCACGUCGUCCGCUUUCAGCAGCGACUACGGCGGCCUCUUCUCCAACUCGGCGGCAGCGGCGGCGGCGGCAGCCGGGGUGUCCCCGCAGGAGGCGGGCGGCCAAUCGGCCUUCAUCUCCAAGGUGCACACGACGGCAGCAGACGGCCUGUACCCACGAGUGGGCAUGGCGCACCCGUACGAGUCGUGGUACAAGUCGGGCUUCCACUCUACGCUGGCGGCGGGCGAGGUGACCAACGGCGCGGCGUCGUCGUGGUGGGACGUGCACAGCAGCCCGGGUUCGUGGCUGGAGGUGCAGAACCCCGCCGGGGGGCUGCAGAGCUCGCUGCACUCGGGCGCCCCCCAGGCCUCGCUGCACUCGCAGCUGGGCACCUACAACCCCGACUUCAGCUCGCUCACGCACUCGGCCUUCAGCUCCACCGGUCUAGGCUCCUCGGCGGCCGCCGCCUCGCACCUGCUUUCCACCAGCCAGCACCUGCUGGCCCAGGACGGCUUCAAGCCGGUGCUGCCCUCCUAUUCGGACUCCAGCGCCGCGGUGGCGGCGGCCGCGGCCAGCGCCAUGAUCUCGGGCGCCGCGGCCGCCGCCGCCGGGGGGAGCUCCGCGCGCUCCGCCCGCCGCUACUCCGGCCGCGCUACCUGCGACUGCCCCAACUGCCAGGAGGCCGAGCGGCUGGGCCCGGCCGGGGCUAGCCUGCGGCGCAAGGGCCUGCACAGCUGCCACAUCCCCGGCUGCGGCAAGGUGUACGGCAAGACGUCGCACCUGAAGGCGCACCUGCGCUGGCACACGGGCGAGCGGCCCUUCGUGUGCAACUGGCUCUUCUGCGGCAAGCGCUUCACGCGCUCGGACGAGCUGCAGCGGCACCUGCGGACUCACACCGGCGAGAAGCGCUUCGCCUGCCCCGUGUGCAACAAGCGCUUCAUGCGCAGCGACCACCUGAGCAAACACAUUAAGACGCACAACGGGGGCGGCGGGGGCAAAAAGGGCAGCGACAGUGACACAGACGCCAGCAACCUGGAGACGCCCCGCUCCGAGUCCCCAGACCUCAUCCUGCACGAUUCCGGCGUCAGCGCCGCCAGGGCAGCGGCGGCGGCGGCGGCGGCGGCGGCAGCGGCGGUGGCGGCGGCCUCGGCGGGCGGCAAGGAGACCGCGAGCGGCCCCAACGACUCCUAAGGCCGAAGAGAGGCGCGCGAGCAGCGAGCAGGGACGCGGAGAGUGGACGGCGGCUGCAGGCGAGCGGCGGGCGGGAGGGCGGGGCCGGCGGCGCCCCCAGCGCCCCCAGGCCGGGACUGGGCGCCAAGCCCGGCCGAGCCCCGCGCGGGGAGCUCCUCCGCAGUCCGCCCCCGGGGGAGGACCCAACGCGUGGCCCAGAAACAAAAGCGAGCCGUCCCGCGCCACAAACACCUUCGAAAAGUGCACCCCCAGACACACGCACACACGCACCGCAGACCCACACUCGCGCGCGCGCGCACACACCACUCGCACAAACUUCUCGAGCGAAGAGCAAUACACAGAAACGCGCCCUCCUCCCCUCCGCCCUCCUCCCUCUCCUAGCCUUCCCUGUCUUUUUCUCAAAAAAGCUAGCCACCACCCAGCAAAGGACUGUCAGAACAUUUGAAAAUACGGACCUAUAAAAAAGAGACUCUUUGUGUGGAUUAUAUUAUAUAUAAAAUGCUCCAAGUCCUGCUUGAUAUCUACUUACGAUGAGACUUUUUUCCUAAAAAGGAAGCAUCAAAAAAGGCUUAAGGUGAGAAAUUAAACUGGAAGUCUAGCGACAGUUUCUCUGUAUUUCAUAACAUCUGUAUAAAUAGGGUUCAAAAGAUUGUGUUCGUUUUUAUUUUCUUGUAAAUGUUCAUUCGAAUAGUUUUUUUCUUUCUUUUUUUGGUGAAUUCCUGAAAUUCAGGAAGUUUUUUUUUUUAUUUUCUGAUGCACUUUGUGAAAGUCAGUAUAUAUGUAAAAGAUAUUUAAAAUGUUGAGUUAUCAUUUCAAUCAAACACGUAAGUUAAGGUCAUCUAAAAAAUUAAAUGCGUUUAUCUGUAUGAAGAAAAUCUUGACAUCAUAUUUUCAUUUUGGUAUUAUUAAAGGACUCUGAACAAUACACCUCCCCCCUUUUUUAAAUCCUGUUUGCCCCUCAGUAACCUUUACGUGGGUCAAUUUUUUUUUUUUUCCUUUUGGUUGGGAAACAAUUCCCUUAAUGUUAGUCGUAGGUAAUGUAAAGUUUAUAUGGGUUAUAAAAGCCAUAAUGCAUAUACGUUUUUGAGAAGUCAAAAUUAUUUAUUUGUAUAUCAACAGCGUAAAUUAAAUUGGGUUAUAAGAA